AUGACAUCCAUUCAACCUCAACUCUGCAAAAAUUGGCACGCAACAGCGGGUCUGUUGCGGGCGCCUUCCACUGCAGUCCGAGUGGCACUGUGUCCUCUCCACCAACAAGCUGCAAAGAGGUCGGCCUGCACUAUUGGCAAAGCGCCUCUAAGAUUGUCAUCAGGUUAUGCAAGUCCAUUGUCACAAUACCGUGUCCAAAACACACCCACCUCUCCCACCAGACGAUCCCUGCGAUCCCUGAACGGGACCAUCGUUCGAGCAACCUACAGCACUGCAAGCUUGAAACCAGGAGAACCGACCAUUCACGAUGUGUUCGAAAGCAAGACAGGCACCUGGCAAUAUGUGGUUGCUGAUCCAACUACAUCGACAGCCGUCAUCAUCGACCCGGUCCUGGACUAUGACCCCGCCACUCAGGUCAUCACCACGGACUCGGCUGACGCGCUUCUGUCCUUGGUCAAGGAGAAGGGAUACAGAGUCGACAGAAUCCUUGAAACACAUGCACAUGCAGAUCAUCUCACCGCAGCGUCCUAUCUGCAGAAGCGCCUAGCCGAAGAGCAAGGCCAUCGGCCGCCCAUCGGUAUCGGCAAGCGCAUUGGACAGGUGCAGAAGUUGUUUGGCCAGAGAUACGGCAUUCCGGCGGAGGAAUAUGAAGGUGUCUUUGACAAACUGUUCAAUGAUGAUGAGACAUUUACGAUUGGCAACUUGACGGCCAAGGCCAUUCAUCUUCCUGGACACACACCAGACCAUCUGGGAUACCACAUUGGAGACAACAUUUUCUGCGGUGACCUGAUCUUCCAUUCGGAUCUUGGCACCGCGCGCUGUGAUUUUCCCGGUGGCAGUGCAAACAGCCUCUAUCACUCAGGGCGGAAGCUCUUGGGCUUGCCAGAUCACGUCAAGAUCUGGACAGGCCACGACUAUCCUCCUGAGGGGCGCAAGGAUCCCGUCCCCUCCCUGAGCGUCCAGGAGCAUAGGCAGCAAAACAAACACCUUAAAAACGGCGUCACCGAAGAGGAGUUUGUCGCGCUGCGGAAGGAACGUGAUAGGAACCUGGCUGAGCCGAGGCUGCUUCACCAGUCACUGCAGAUGAACAUUCGGGCAGGACGAUUGCCGAAGCCUACAGAGUCGGGGCAACGAUUGCUCCAUAUUCCGUUGAAAUUGAAGGGGUUGACAUGGUAG